AUGGAUUUUGUCAAGCGAAACUUCCCAAUGCCCACCUCAACGACUGUAGUAAGGUCCAGUGAAGAGCUCUUCUUUGAUAAGGAUGGCCACCUCGAGUUUGCGCCAAACGACCCUGAGAACCCAAAGAACUACUCGUUUGGACGAAAGUACUCACCACCAUCGCAAUCUCCUUGCGAUGACCUCCACGUCUCUGCCGAGGCCGCUGGACUCGUCACCCCCCUCUUCCUCCUAGGCUACUGCGCCGGUCCGCUCUUCUGGGCGCCUUUGUCCGAGUUCUACGGCCGUCGCUGGAUUUUCUACGUUUCCUUCACCAUAUACCUUGCCAUUGGAUUCCUGUGCACUUUUACACCCAAUUUUGCCGGGCUCUUGGUCGGCAGGUUUCUGACUGGCACGGCUGUCAGUGCCGCCCUGACGAAUGCACCUGGGAUCCUCGCAGAUAUAUGGGGACCCGUCGAGCGUGGCAAUGCUAUGAUCUUGUUUGCCACAAUGAAAUUCGCAGGACCCGCGCUUGGGCCAGUAGUUAGUGGGUUUGUCCAACUAAAGAAGACAUGGCGUUGGACCUUCUAUAUCCUACUCUGGAUGGCAGGUGCCAUCGAGCUUCUGCUCGUCACCCUCCCAGAGACGCUUCCCAUGAUGGUCUUGCGCAACAAGGCUUGUCGCCUACGCAAAAUACCCGGAAACGAGACCGUCAAGGCUCCAAUCGAGACAUCGGAUCGUUCGCUAGGAGGCAUUUUCACAGUGGCCCUGACGAGGCCUUGGAGACUUUUGAUCGACCCAAUCAACUUUUUCGUCUCAAUUUACUACGCCGUUGUGUAUACUCUGCUCUACAUGCUGUUCAGAAUCUACCCCAUUGUCUUCCAGCAGAGGCGUGGUUGGAACGCCGGCGUCGGCGAGCUACCACUGAUCGGCACAGUCAUCGGCGCUUGUCUCGGCGGCCUGGGGCUGUUCGUCAAUAGCCAAGUAAAGCAGAAAAAGUUCACCGGAGCCCGCAAAUCAGUGCCAGAAGAUCGUCUUCCCGGCGCCAUGGUUGGCGGGGUUAUGUUUGCCGUGACGAUAUUUUGGUUCGCUUGGACGGCAGAGUACAACUCAGUUCACUGGGCUGUGCCGACUGUGGCAGAAACCUUCCUCGCAACGUCAAUCCUCCUCAUCUUUGUCGUCUUCAUUAACUAUAUCAUCGACUCAUACCUUAUGUAUGUCGCAUCGGCCGUCGCAGCAAAUACUGUCCUACGGUCCGCCUGUGCCGCAGCAUCCCCACUGUUCACGCAGUAUAUGUUCGACGUGCUCGGUGUGGGUGGGGCAGGGUCACUUAUCGGAGGAAUUGGCGUGCUGCUGAUUCCUAUACCCUUCGUCUUUUAUCGCUACGGCGCGGUUAUCCGGGCGCGAUCCAAGUUUACCCCGACAGAUGAGGUGCCAUUCCCGCCUGUGGACGAGGAGAAGGCCAUAAAUGGCAGGUCGGCAAGCCAGACUUCCGGAAAUGAGGGCGAACCAGUUGAUAAUAUUACUGGGGGCACGAAGCAGUGA